AUGAAUCCACAAGAUGAUAAUGGAAUAACGAAUGAUUUAAGUAAAGUGAAUUUAGAUGAUGAAAGAACAAUGGAUGAUUGUGAAAGUACAAAGGAAUUAACCAGUCGCGGUUCUAACGUUUGUACUAUAAUAAAAGGAGUACAUUGUAUAGUUAAAAGUUUUGAAGAAUUUAAUCCAGUAAUCAAAACAUUCCUUUCAUUGGGAAAUGAAAUUAUUACCUUGUAUGAAAAGGCUGAACAUAAUAAAAAAUUAUGUAGUAUCCUUUUAAAAAGAGUUAAUUGUGCGUAUGCUGCGGUAAAGGAUUUAAAUAUUAAAAAAACCGAAAAUACACAGUUUUUUGUUAAACAUGAUAAUCUAAAAAUAUUAGAGGACUUUACUGAUUGUAUAAGAGAAAUCAAAAACUUUAUAGAAGAUAUUAGUUUCUUAAACAAACUUCAAAGAUUUUUUUAUACCGGUGGGAUCAAUGAUACUUUUCAAAGACUUACAAAGGAAUUUGACGCAUAUAUGAGUAGUUUGAAUUUUUCUUUUAUUGUAGAAUCUAGAGAUGAAUUUGCAACAAUGAAGGAUGAUGUAAGCCAAAUCAAAGAUAUAUUAACCGUCGUUCAUGGCGUCUCUGACGAUAAACAAUCUCAACAAAAAUUCCUUACUGGAAUGGGUCGAGUGGCCGGAAGAAACAAAGAAUUCAAAAAACAAAACAAAACCACCCCAAACAUGAAUUCAUCUGAACAUAUUAUAACAAUUGUAGAAGCAAACGAACCAUUACUUGAAGGCAAUUCUUAUAUUAAAACAAAUAUUUGUCCUUCAAGAAGGAUUGAAAAACGCACUUCAGUCAAAGAUUGUACUGACGUUUCAUUUAAAGAAUUUUCAAAUAAUACAUCUUCGGAUGAG